UCACCUAGACUCACCUGUGCAGGUAAAUAUGGACCAAUCAGUGUGCAGUGGGCGGGGCCAUGUGAGCGUGCUCAGUUGCUUCCCGCCCUCUGUGGGCCGAGACGUUGCUGUUGCCGUGGUGAAGCCCCUACGAGCAGGCCUGAGAAACCCCGACACCCGCAGCUUGCUGCACACAGACAGCCAGGUGAAGUGGACGAUGGAGGUGUUGUGUUACGGCUUGACUCUCCCAUUGGACGGAGACACCGUGCAGCUCUGCGUAGAUGUCUACACUGAUUGGCUGAUGGCCCUGGUUUCCCCGAGAGACUCCUUCCCUCCACCAAUCAGCAGAGAGCCCAACCUGUACACCCAGAAGAUCCUGCGACACCUGGGCGGCCUCUUCCUGUCCAGGUCCGAGCAGGCGAGUCCCGUCUACCUGUCUCUCUGUCAACAGGUGUUGCUUGCAGUUCAGUUGUUGGCCAGAGAGAGCGCUGUGAUGAGUGGAGACACCUGGGAGACGCUGCUUCACUUCCUGCUGCGCAUCAACCACAACAUGCUGGCUCCACCCACAACCACAGAUGUGUUGGAGCAGCUGUCUCACCUGUCGAUGGCAGUACUGUUUGAGGUCUGGUUGCUGUCUUGCUCUCGGUGUUUCCCGUCUCACUCUCUGUGGCAGACGGCCAGACAGAUGUUGAGCAGCUGGAGACAUCAGCCGGCUGUGGUGGAGCAGUGGAGCCGAGUCAUGGUCGCCCUGACCUCCAGGUUGUUAGUGUUGAGCUUCGGUCCAUCCUUCCCUCACUUAAAAGUCCCAGAUGAAGAUGCUUCUCUGAUCCCGGCAGACAUGGACGACCAGCGAGUCCCCCAGACCUGGUUCAGGUUCCUGCACCUGCUCAGUAAUCUGGUGGACCUCAGUCGACCCGUGGCUGCUGGCUCAACUCCUUCCCUCCCCGAGGAGGCGAUGCGAGGAGGCGGCCGGCUGCCGAACAUCUUCUUCAGAGCCAUGAAAGGAGUCGGCACGAUGGUCGACGCCUUCCUGGGUGUGACUGUAGUCAACAAAGAAUCAACAGAGCAGCAGCUGCCAAGCACUGGAGUUACACCGAGGAUCCAUUUCAGAGACCGGCUGCCUUCUCUCGGUGUUGCUGUGGCCAGGAGCCCGUUUAAAGACCGACUCCCCCCCUACGGUAUUUCUCGACCUCGUUCUGGCAGCGCCCCACCCAUCCCGGUGAACAUACUGAGCGUGCCCAGUAACCCCCCCUCCACCACUUCAACUUUACACAACACACGACUGAAACCUGUCAAUGUUUCCAAGGCAACCAGCAAACCUCCCACGACAUCUUCCUCCCCCCAUCACUGGAAGUCUUCCACCCAUCCUCCCCCAUCCUCCCACCGACCCCCCCCGUCCCCCCUCAGGUGUAACGUGGACUCCCUACUCCACCUGUUCGGCGGAUGGCUGUUUGAUGCUGCUCUGAUCCACAGAGACUCUGCCGGUGAUGUCACUGUGAUGUCAGAGCGGUGGGCGGCCGGUCGAGCCGAGGCGUGUGGGAUGCUCUGCAGAAUCUUCUCCUGUAAGAAAACCGCAGAGGACAUCCUGUCCGUCUACCUGUCCAGGUUCUACCUGGUUCUGCUGAGGGGUGUCCAGGUGUCGGAGGAGGCGUGUCCUCCGGUACUGGCCUCCAUCCUAAUGAACUCCACCUGCCUGUUCUGCUGCGACCUGAGAGGAGUCAACUUGCUGUUCCCCUGCUUCCUGUUUGCUGUGGAGAGCGUGCUGCUCGACAGAGAGCUGUUAAGGUUUAAGAGUUUUGUGAGACCGGUGGAUUUACGGCGAGCGUCCAUCUUGGUCCUGCUGUCCCUGCUGCCCCUCCCCCUGCAGUUAGGAUCCGUCCAAUCAGAGGUGUUAUUGGACGGGAAGUUCAGUGGUGAUGAUGUCACAGCAGGUAACUUCCUGUCUCUGAAGCCCCGCCUCCGCAGCAUUCUGAUUGGAGCUCUGCAGACGGAGACUGACACCACCAACACUCAGAUUCUACUCGCGGCCAUGUUGAAUCUGAUUCAGGACUCAGCUCUGUUCGAGGCUGCAGGACAAACUCAGCAGCAAACUGAGUCCUGGCAAGAUGGAGCCAGUAGACCCAUAUCAACCGGGGAAACCAGUGGAACCAGUGGAACCAGUGGAACCAGAGGACCGAGUGGACACAGUGGAACCAGAGGACAGAGUGGACUCAGUGGACCCAGUGGAACCAGUGGAACCAGAGGACCGAGUGGACACAGUGGAACCAGAGGACAGAGUGGACUCAGUGGACCCAGUGGAACCAGUGGAACCAGAGGACACAGUGGACACAGUGUAACCAGAGGACCAAUUGGACCCAGUGGAACCAGAGGACACAGUGGACCCAGUGGAACCAGAGGAACCAGUGGAGCUAGUGGAACCAGUGGAACCAGUGGAACCGGCAUCCGGUCAGCAGAGAUCCUGUGGGUUCAGCUUGUCCGUCUGCUGACUCAGCGUCUGAUGGCUCAGUGGAGGAAUGACUCUGCAGUUUGUCUGUCUGCAUUGGAAGUACUGGGAGGACUGGCAAAGGUGGAGGUGAGUGUGGAGGAGAGCGAGAGCAGGCGAGCUCUCUCUUCAGUCUGUAGUUACAUCGUGUUUCUGUGCAGUCGUCCUCCUCCUCUCCACUCCAGAGAUCUGCACUCCAUCAUCGUCGCUGCUUUCUACUGUCUCAACGUCUGGCUAACACAGCAUCCUGCCGUGCUCGACCACCAGGAGUGUCUGUUGGAGGUUCUGGAGAUAGUGGAGUUGGGCAUUUCAGGCAGUAAGUCUGGAAAGGAACAGGAAGUGAGAUGUAAAGAGGAGAAAGAACUAAACCCCUCCUCUCUAAGGGUGAAGGAGGCCGCGGAAGCUACGCUGAACUGUGUGAUGCAGGUUUCGGGGGCCUUUCCGUUGCUUGGCGACCAGCUGGAUGAGGACGCUCUAAUUGGCUGCUCCACUCUGAGUGACGCCAGUGUGAAGAAGUUCCGAUAUUUUGUGGUGGGCAGCUCAGUAAUCCUCGCCAUGCUGGAACGACCACCAGGGCCAGGAGAACCCAGAGAACCCCGAGAACCUGGAGAACCGGGGCCCGAACCGGGAGAAGCGGCGAAGUGUCCAUCGCUCACCGUGUUGAUCCGAGGAGCGUCAGGACGCCACAGUUGGACGCUACAGCACCAGCUGCAGCCCCGAGACGGAAGGACAGCCACACAGCAAACUCCGAUCCCAGAGCAGCGUAGAGUCGCCCAGGAGGAUUCUGGGAUACGAUGUGGUGUCAAACAUCAGCUGUUUCCUGCCAACAUGGACAGAGUUUCUCUAGUAAAAGCUGAUCUAAGUAUUCCACUCCUGGACGACAUCGUCACUGACAAGGUGCAGCAGCAGCUGCAGCGUCUGCAGGCGGCGUUGAAGACGCAGCGGCUGGUCGAGGCCCAGCCGCAGGUCAGCGGACGCUCGGUUGUCAUGACGAUCUGCAGGCCGCCUCCUCCAAUCAGCAGCUUCCAGACAGCGAGACUCUUCCUGUCCCACCUGGGCCUCCUCACUCCGGAGACACUGAAAAGUUCCGGCAGUGUCCCGCCUCAGCUGCUGUCUCUGGACUCGUCUCUUCCUGGUUUCUCCGACGAUCUGAAAAGAUUGGACGAGCUGCAGUCCAGAAACUGUGACUCUGCCUCCAUCUUCUACAUGAGAGCAGGACAGAGGACAGCUGCUGAGAUCCUGAGGAACGUGGAGUCUAGCUGUAGUGUCCCGUCUUACUUCCUGGACUUCCUGUCGUCUCUCGGUUGGCCGGUAGAGGCGGGGCAACGCCAGAGGGGCGGAGUCAGCAUCAACAGUUCAGAAUUCCCUGCUGUGCUGGGUGACAGUGGAGGUGGCGUGUUUGAUGGAGAGCGGUUUGUCCUGAUGUAUGCCGACGCUCUGACAGAGAUCACCUUCAUCGUCCCUUCGUCAUCACACACAGCUGAUUGGUCGAAGAGUCCAGAGGAGGCGGAGCCUCUGACCAGCCAGCAGUGUAAUACUGAGCUCAGCCAAGACUCUGCCCCCCCACCCACAAGGUCUCCAGUUGAAGACAUGAAGUCUUUUCGUGACUCUGAAUCUAAACUCCUGAUUGUCUGGGUCGAACGCUUCGAGGAUAUCGAGAGUUUCCCUCAGACUGAGCUGCUAUCAGAGACCCAAACUCACGCCAGCGCGUCAAACGUCCAGCUCAUCUUCAUCCAUCCUCUGAAAACAGGACUUUACCGGAUCUGUUUCCGUGGAAACGGCACUAGCAAGUUCAGUCUGGUUGUCCCAUUGGUCAACGGGAGUGUGGUCAGCAAACGCUCUCUCGGUUUCCUGGUCAGAGAGACGGUGAUCAACUGUUGCCAUCGGCGACGGCUAGAGAGUGACUCCACCCUACCGUCCCACGUCAGAAGGAAGCAGAUGAUCAAUGACAUCAUCCUUCGCUACCACAGCCGCUGCUCUGAACCCGCCUUUUACACCGCCCUCUUCCAGGACCCCUGAACCCCGAACUUUAGUCUCUGUUCCAGGACCCCUGAACCCCAAACUUUAGUCUCUGUUCCAGGACCCCUGAACCCCAACUUUAGUCUCUGUUCCAGGACCCCUGAACCCUAAACUUUAGUCUCUGUU